AUGCGCCCAAAGGACCGCCGCGGAUUUAACAUCGCCAUUUUCUGCGCACUUCCAAUAGAGGCGGAUGCCGUUACCGAGCUGUUCGAUGAAAUCUAUGACCACCAGUACGGCAAACACCCCAGUGACACAAACUCCUAUACAGUGGGAAAAAUAUGGACACACAAUGUUGUCCUGUGCCAUAUGCCCGGAAUGGGAAAGGUAAGUGCUUCGAGCGUGGCGGCUCAUAUGAAGUCCAGCUACACUGAAGUCCGUCUCGCGUUGGUCGUUGGUAUCUGUGGGGGAGUUCCUGUGCUGCCGUCCAGCGAGACUCCCAUUUUUUUAGGCGAUGUCAUUAUCAGCAAUGCGGUGGUCCAAUAUGAUUAUGGUCGACAAUACCCAGACGGGAUUCAGCGAAGGCAAGGCGUCACACAGACAUUAGGAAGGCCAAAUCAAGAGAUCCGAGGUCUGCAGAAUCUAUUGGAAACCCACCGGGCACGCAACAACCUCCAGAAUGACAUUAUCCAGCAUCUCGAGGGACUGGAACAAUCACGGCCAAUUUGGAAAUAUCCAGGCAAUACGUGCGAUGUGCUAUUUGGGGCUUCUAAUCAUCACAAGCAUCAUCGGCAGGCUGCUUCCGUGGAAUGCUUAUGUUUCAACACUGGGACCCCUGGUCAGAUAUGUCAGGAGGCUCAAAGGAGUAGUUGCGACAGCUUAGGGUGUGACGAGAAGGGCAUUAUCCGUCGCCGACCUGAUAUGCAUACAACCACGCCAUCAGUUCACAUUGGAACUAUUGCCUCUGGUGACAUGGUCAUGAAGUCUGGAGAGCAUCGUGACAGGCUGGCAAAUGAUGAUAGCGUCGCUGGCUUCGACAUGGAAGGAGCAGGGGUAUGGGAUGCAUUGCCAUGCAUCAUUAUCAAGGGCGUAUGUGACUAUGCAGAUAGCCACAAGGAUAAAAGGUGGCAAGCAUAUGCCGCAGCAACUGGCGCAGCAAGCGCAAAAGCUUUCUUGCGGCUUUGGAAUCCUGCCUCCAACGAAGGUACUAAGCUAAAAAGUCCUCACUGGAUGGUUCCUUUUGGCAGAAAUUUCCAAUUUGUUGGCCGUCAGAAUGAGAUUGCGGAGCUAGAAAGAUUGAUGAUAGAAAGGCAAGGCCCAAGCAAGAUCGCGAUUAGCGGAUUGGGAGGGGUUGGAAAGACCCACGUUGCACUGGAGCUAGCUUAUCGUGUUCGAGAAAGAGAUGCUGAGUGCUCAGUUUUCUGGAUCCCAUGUACUAGCCCUGAGAUCAUUGAGCAGACUUACAUGGACAUCGCCCAGAUACUUGGGAUGCAAGACGUUAAACCAGCAGAAGCAAAAGAGCAAGUCAUGGCAUAUCUUCGUCAUAAGGACGAUCUGAAGUGGCUGCUUAUCUUUGACAACGCAGAUGACAUGGAUAUGUGGACCAAGGGGAGCAACGGUGCUCCAGCACUUAAGGACCUGAUACCUCAAACCGACCAAGGUCGGAUCAUCUUUACUACUCGUAAUAAAAAGCUGGCGGUAAAGCUGGCCUCCCGUGAGAUCUCGAUCCCCGAGGUAGAUGAGGAAACUGGUGUUAAGAUGCUGGAAACGGCACUGCCUGGGGAAGACUUGUCCAAAGACCACGAAACCGCCGUGGCCCUUUUGAGCCAGCUGACCUUCCUGCCCUUAGCAAUCAUGCAAGCAGCGGCAUUCAUCAAGGAAAACAGCAUCAGCCUCGAAGACUAUCUAACUCUGCUACAGGAGCAGGAACCAGAGGUGGUGGAGCUCUUAAGUGAGGAUUUUGAGACAGAAGGGCGUUAUCAGGAUGUCCCCAACCCGGUAGCAACUACCUGGUUAGUUUCAUUUCAGCAAAUCCAGCAGAUCGAUCAACUGGCUGCUGAGUAUCUCUCGUUCAUGGCUUGCGUCAACCCACGAAAUAUACCACAGUCCCUCUUGCCACCAGCCAAGUCCAAGUUAAAGAUGGUGAAGGCUUUAGGGCUUCUCAGUGCUUAUUCAUUUAUUUCUGACCAAGCCAAGGAUAGCCCUCUUAACCUUCAUCGACUUGUACAUCUAGCGACUCGCAACUGGAUGAGGAGAAACCAGCAAUUCAUGAGGUUUAUCUGCAAAACAGCAGACAGGCUAAGAGACAUUUUCCCGGAUAACAACCACACAAACCGGAUUCUUUGGAGGGCAUAUUUACCCCACGCAUUGGCUUUGUUAGAAGAGGAUGAAUUUAAAGAUCAGCAAGAACAAUACAUAGACUUGCUUGAAACUGUUGGGGACUGUCUGGUCAGUGACGGAAGAUACAAUGAGGCAGAAGCGCUGCUCUGCGACGUCAGGGACAUACGGCAGAAGCAAAAUGGGGAAGCACACCUUUCAACUCUGACCAGCAUGAGCAAAUUAGCAUCAGCAUACUUUGGCCAAGGUCGAUACACCGAAGCGAAGGCGCUCAAUAUUCAUGUGUUAGAGACCAGAAACCAGAUACUGGGUCCAGACCACCCUGAUACCCUGACCACUAUGACUGGCCUAGCAGCGAUAGACCGGCAGCAAGGACACUUUACACAAGCAGAAGGGCUCAUUGUGAAGGUACUGGACAGUCAGAACAGAGCGCUAGGUUCUGAACACCCCUCGACUCUGACCAGUACCUCCGGACUGGCAUCAGUUUACAUGAUGCAAGGACGAUAUAGACAAGCCGAAGAGCUGUUUACGCAAACGAUGGAGAGAAUGAAGAAGGUGCUGGGCCCUGAGCAUCCUACUACUUUGUCUACUACGAAUAGCUUAGCCACCCUAUUCAGAACCUGGGGGGCAAAAACCCGAUUGAAACUAGCGGAAGAGCUGGAGAAGCAAAUGAUUGAGGUCCUGAAGAAAGCAUUAGGCCCCAGACAUCCAAGAACCCUGACCGGUAUGAAUAACCUGGCAUUGACAUACUGGUACCAAGAGAAAUGGCAGCAAGCAGAAGAGCUCGGGGCAGAAGUCAUUGAGGCCAAAGGACAAAUGCUUGGAUGGGAACAUCCAUUCACUCUGACCAGUAUGAAUAACCUGGCAUUAACAUAUUCCCAGCAGGCCAAAUGGAAUCAGGCAGAGGAGCUGAUGACCCAGACACUGGAAAGCCGGAAGAAAACAUUAGGCUCUGAGCAUUUUGACACGAUAACCAGCAUGUUGAACCUCGCUCAUAUUUGGAGACAAACGGGCAGACACAGCGAUUCCAUUCGAUCCCUGGCUGAGUGUGUCCGACUCCGUGAGAAGCAGCUCGGUCCCAAGCAUCCUGAUACGUGUGUACCCAAUGUCUUCAGCACAAUCGGAUAUGUGACUGGCCUGAGCAGCUUAAACGGUUCGUGUGAUACUCGAUCUAGGAUUUGGACUGCAGUUAUCUCAUGCGCCUACAGUGGUCCUGCAAAAGGCUAUAUCGAAUCCUUAGAGCACCGGUUGCAUGAAACAGAGAACGUCUUGCUCAAAGUGCUCGCCCAGAUCUCGGACGCUCAACUGUCCGCCAGUAUCGCUCAAGGCCAGCAGGAUAGAACGAGAAACAGCAACGGUCACUUGUUAUACCCCCCAGUGCCCCGUCUAGGGAGAAGAGGCGCGGAGUACUGGAAAAGAUUUCCUCUGGAUACUCCCCACAAUGUCCGGGAAUGGCAAUAUGAUUGUCUAGACCAAGGGUUAGAACCUUCAACGCCUAGCAUCUCUGAUAAUAAUACCAGUCUGCAAUUAUCAGGAGCCGAGUUUGCUGAAGAGACGAUCCUUGAGCCAAACAAUCAACGCGAGCCAUCUGAAUACCCAUCUUCGGACCUAUCCCAGACUGAAUUGAACACCAAACGAGGUGAAAAUAACGGCGUACCACUUUCCCCUAAGACUACAAGCCCGUUACCCCCCAAUUCCAGCAGAGGACCUGGAAAGCCACCCCUUCCGAAAGCAAUUCGACCCAUCCAGAGUGAUGUAGGGCCUCAGACGAGGCGCCAUGCCGUACGGGCUCAGUCAGAAACCCUCGAAGGGCUCAGUAUCACGCCGCAGGAACCCAGCUUUUGGAGUGGGGCGCCGCCUGUCAACUUUCAACAACAGUUCCUCUGGUAG